UUCUUUGGUUUCUCUCACUGCUGAAGCAGAUCCUCGCAAACACACUCCCACGUCCUAACACACACACACACACCCGAAAAUCCCCCUCAUACGAGGAAAGAGCAGUGUCGCUGGGUGAGAUUCGCUUUUUGCGCUUCACAGAGUGGAACCGCGGACUGUUUGUGGAGUUUGUGGGCUGGUUUUGUCGCGUUUAAUCCACUGAGGUCAUCUGGGACUCUCGAGGCGGGAAUGAGAGAGAUGCGCUCGAGCGCUCACUGGACUUUCACUCUGUGAGGAGCAAACAGGUGAAGACAGCAGGAAAAAACAGUAGAGAUGAGUGGUGAGCUGAGACAGGGGGUGGUGACGACCCCUCCGCCCCCAAGCGUGGGGAAAAAGGAGGGCUACUUCGACCGCAUCAACGAAAACGACCAUGAAUACCUGCGUGCACGCAACAUGUCACCCGACCUGCGACAAGACUUCAACAUGAUGGAGCAGAAGAAAAGGGUCACACAGAUACUACAGAGUCCAGCAUUUAGGGAUGAGCUAGAGGGACUGAUCCAGGAACAGAUGAACAAGGGGAAAAACCCCACAGAGCUGCUCGCUCUGCGACAGAUCGCAGACUUCUUCAUGGCCAGCUCCGUAGCCGGCUUCUCCACCUCGCCCCUAAGUUUGGCCAUGGUGACCCCAAUUAAUGACAUGUUCAGCAUGGAGUCCAGUACUGUGGUGAAGGGAGAGAAACCGAUGCGCUCCAAACUGGCCAGCCUCUACAGAUUAGUGGACCUGUUCAGUUGGGCACACUUCACAAACUGUUACAUUACAGUUCGUGUGAGUAAAGAGCAGGAUCAUAUCCUCAUCCUCCCCAGAGGACUGUCCUUCGCCGAGGCCUCUGCUUCCAAUCUGGUGAAGGUGAAUAUUCUUGGUGACGUGAUCGAUCAGGGCUCCACCAACCUGCAGAUUGACCCGGACGGCUUCAGCCCUCACGCUGCCAUCUACUCCGUGAGACCGGACGUGCGCUGCAUCAUUCACAUACGCACACCAGCCACUGCUGCCGUGUCGUCUAUGAAGUGCGGCCUUCUGCCCAUCUCUCAGGAGGCUCUGAUCCUGGGUGACAUUGCGUAUUACAACUACCAAGGCAGUCUGGAUGAGCAAGAGGAGCGCGUAGAGCUCCAGAAAGCCCUCGGACCAUCGGCGAAGGUGUUGGUUUUAAGGAAUCACGGGGUCGUAGCUCUCGGGGAGACCAUUGAGGAGGCCUUUCACUACAUUUACAACACUCAGCUUGCCUGUGAAAUACAAGUGAAUGCGCUGUCGUGCGCUGGCGGAGUGGAGAACCUGAUCGUGUUGGAUCUGGAGAAGUACAGAUCUCGGACACAGGGGGUGGCAGAAGCCGGGGUCAACAUGGGCUCUCAGCACAAGUGGAGGCUGGGAGAGCUGGAGUUCGAGUCGCUCAUGAGAAUGAUGGACAACCUGGGUUACAGGACAGGCUACUCGUACCGGCACCCGAUUGUGCGGGAGAAGCCGCGGCACAAGAGUGAAGUGGAGAUUCCUGCAACAGUGACAGCUUUCAUGUUUGACGACGACGACAACGCUCCACGUUUCCCUCUGAGGUUAUUGCAGCAGCGACAGCAGAGAGAGAAAACCCGCUGGCUCAAUUCACCCAACUGCUACAUGAAGGUGAACGUGUCGGACAGGGCGAGUGAGGAGAACGGACGCACCAGGACCAUGUGGAUGAAGUCAGAUGACGGUGGAAACACCAGCGGGACUCCAAUCCGCAUUGAAGAUCCAAAUCAGUUUGUUCCUCUGAACACGAACCCCAAUGAAGUUCUGGAGAAGAGAAAUAAGAUUCGUGAGCAGAACCGGUUUGACAUGAUGACAGCAGGGCCACAGUCACAGCGGCUGGCAGGGAUUGUGGUGGAAAGACCGCCGCCGUACAUGGGCGACGACGAGGAACAGACGGGACCGCUUCCUCCAAACCCCUUCAGUGAGCUGAGCGAGAAAGAGCUGGAGAAACGAGAGGAACUUCAGCAGCACGGAUUAGAUGAAGAAGAGCAGCUCACGUCAGACGACGCUUCCACACUCUCUCAAACCCUGUCUCCACAAAACACUCCAGCUAAAGAAGAGAACCACAGCGGCGUGAUGCUGAACGGUAAAGACGCUCACGGUGACGAGGACGAGCUCAUCAAGCGCGUGAGUCAGCUGACCACCAGCCUGGAAAGUGUAGAGAUCAGCGUGCGCUCGGGAGAGAAGAUCGAAGAGGCUCUGACGCCCGAGAGCUCGCCCUCCAAAUCACCCAACAAGAAGAAGAAGAAGUUCAGGACCCCGUCCUUCCUGAAGAAGAACAAGAAGAAAGAGAAAGUGGAAGCCUAGAGGAAGCAGUCAAUCCAUCGGUCCUUUUAUGCUUUUACGUUUGUUUUUGAAAAAACACGGCACGUUAUUUUGGGAGUCGGUGAGUAGACGGAGCGUCAUCUGUUUUUAAGAGACGUGCCAGGAUCAUAAAAUGAGAUUUAUACAGGAAGAGAAGCGAGGGGAAACUCCUGGGAAACUGGCUUUUCUCUCCUGAUGGACUGGAAAUGUUCCUGUACAAUGAGUUUAUCUCAUGAGCCCACACUGCAAUCUUUUUUCAUACUGUAUGUUUAUUAGAGUCUCGCCCCGUGUCAUGUUUCUCCAGCUGUAGCUGAACGGUUAGGAGUAUUUGGAGACUCUGAAGAAUCACACUGGAACCGUUCGGGGGUUAUUUUAGCAGGGUUUGUUUGACGUCGCCUGCGAUGGUCUGAUCCUGUGUAGAGUCACUCCAGUCUCCUCUCCGUACUGUUCUUUGCCAAACAAAAAGAUUCAAUGGCUAAAAAAGCAGAGCAAUCACGUUUUAGUGAACCUCACCUCUUCAUCUCUUCAUCUCUUAUGAAAUAUUUUAGCUUUUUUUUUUUUAUUGAAACGAUUAAGUUUUUAUCCAUACAGUUUUGUACUCGUUUCUAUGCUUUAACACCGAAAAUACACAAUCUGGAAGCAUGUUUUGCUAGUCUGACUGCAGUGCCUGACUUCUCAACCGUGUAAUAGCUCAGAUUACUUAACAUGUAAUGGAAAUAUAUGCAAACUAGAGUGAUGAUAUAUAUAUAUAUAUAUAGUGUUGCCCUUUUAAUGUGGGAUACAUAACAAACGAAAAAACAAAACAGGAGAUCUAAAGCCAAAGAGGCGUGAUAUGAAAACAUGAGAAAUGUUUUAGCAUCUAGAUAAAGGGUCGAGAAGGGAAACUUGUUAACACGUAAGGAAAAAAUAUAUAUAUUUGUAAACUGUAUUUUUGAAGAAGUCUCAGUCCCACAGCAAAGUACUGUCUCUCAUGAGUCCCAUCACCUCAGACGUUUGAGCUUCAUUCAUUAUGUCACCUUAUGACAGCCAUAAGUCAUCCCAUAACCAUCCAACAGAGUUACAAAGUUUGAGAAGCAGCAUUGUGCAGUGUGCUUCUUACAUCUUAAACUGGAUCGAUUCACUCCUCUUCCCUCCGGUUCCCAUCAGAUCAGAAGGUGCUUGUUUUGCCCAUUUUAAAGCACCCCGCCGCAUGAGAUCACACCCGUGUGUGAAAAGCUAAUCUCUCGUGGCUAAUAUUAGCAAUCUGACCUGAGUUUGAACUCUGUUAGGGCCGAAUGUAGUGAUCAUAGAUCCUGUAGGAGGAGGAAAAGGAGGAACCACUGAAAGAGAGAGAGAUAGAGAGAUGAAUAUCCCAGUGGGCAAUGUGAAGGACUGGCUUGGGACGGAGAGAGAAAGCUGUGUAAACAGCAUGUGCUUUUGAACGCGAGCCAGACGUGGACUAACACAAGCUGCACAUGGUCGAGUUUAGAGAGAACCGGGCGGCCGGGAAGAUUAACUCGUUUUAUUGCUUUGACUUUUUCUUUUUGCUCCGGUUUCCAUUGCAUUUGUUGCUUUUCCCCGUCUCCUGACCGUUUUGCACCUUGUUUUACUAAUGCCUCUCUGUUGUAGUCUGGUUCAGAAGACUCUUUGUGAUCUGUGAAAUCUUAUAUAAAUGGUUAUCUAACGGACUUGCUUAUAGAUGUAUUGCUAAUCAGUGUAAAUUCACAAAUAAACUAUUUUAAGAAGCAAACACCGCACUCAUCUGUGGGGACAAAAACGUGCAUUUCACACCAUUUCUGCAUUCGUUUACAUCCUUCAUUGCAUUUCUUAGUUCUCCGUACACAGCCAUUUCACACUUACGAAAUGCAAACAUUAACAUCGAACGACAUGAGGACAUUUGACUUCAGUGGUUAGUUUACUAAAACAAAAAUCGUGACUCUGAACUGAGAUCGUCUUCUGUGCAACACAAAAGGAGUAUUUUUAUUAUUCAUGCUGUUUUUUUUUUUAUACAAAUACAGUGCAAGUAUCAUAAAAGUGGUAAUUAUAUUUUGUGUACUAUAUGACCAGUAGGGCAUAUCGACCCUUUUAUCAAAAUAAUUCAUGAUUAUUAGAAAUUUCUAAAUAUAGACAUUGUGACAUAAAAAUGCUAUAAAUCAGAUUCAAUUGCUAGACUCAUCUUUACAUUUGUAAAACCCUCGAAAAAAGUGUGUACAUGCUCAUAAUGGCAGACAAUGGGGUUUGUUUAUAUUCCACACAGUUUGCAAUGGCACGAGAGUGGAUAAAUGAUGACAAGAUGUUAUCUCCUAAAGGAAUAGUUCAUCCCAAACUACUGAACGUUUGCUGAACAUCUCCUCAGCCUCAGGCCAUCCAAGAUAUAGAGUUUGUUUCUUCAUCACAACAGAUUCGGAGCAUUGCAUCACUUGCUCAACGAUGACUCGGUGAAUGGGUGCCGUCAGAAUGAGAGUGCAGACAGCUGAUAAAAACACUCAUCUACGUCUACAUCGAUGGCCUGAGGGUGAUUUCAAUUGUGGUGAUCUUUGUCUUUAAGGAUGUGGUUUCACAAAAAACUGAUGUGUAAAUAAACAGGCAGUGGACUAAACUAUCACUGCUUUGCUCACUUUCAGUUCUUGGAUCUCUGACACAGCAAAACUAGUUCCUUAAAAUCAUGUGUGUGUGGUUGACAACCGCAUUCUCCUGAUAUAAUCAGCCCUCGCUUUCCCGUCACAUCUCUGUAUGAGCACUGUUAACUGAAUGCUCCCUCUAUGCUGCUAUUAUUAGCAGUAUGCACCAAUAACAACCAAAGACCAGUCCUGCUGCAGGACCCAGUGUAUUCCCUCAUUACAGCAAAAACAACGCUUUCACUUUAAGAGUAGGCUGAAUUUUUAACAUCCAUGUAUUAUCAAGUAAUGCUCACUGUUCAGAAACCCAGUCUAUUCUUCACUUGGGCGUCUCAGUGAGUGAAUAUGCAUCUGACUCCCUUUGCACAAGCAGCAGGCUUCGUUUGAAAGCAGGCGCUUCACUGUUGUGUUCGUGCUGAUGUGCCUUUCUGCAUUUCCCAUAAAUGCAACACCUGAAAUAUGCAACCGAUUUAUCGAGACUCUGGUGCGGUUCACGUGUUAGUUAAACCGAGUUGGUGGGUGAAUGUGAGACGGCUUUGCUGUUUUAGGACACAAAGUGGUCAGUAUGAGGCUGAUUCGGUCAUCUCACAAGCCUCAUUUGCUUUCAUUUUCCCUGCACAUCUAAUUUGAUGAUCCUCCGUCGAGGCCAUAGAAUAAUGCUGCCCUGAAGACUGAUCUGGGGACAGACUUAUGCAGUCAAACUGUUCAGAUUAGCCUGUGUGACCCAAAUAUUAGCAGCCUUGUGAUUUAUUUUGCCUGUGCAGAUGAUGUUUUGGUUGUAUAUGAAGAAUGGAGAAUAAAUGGAAAUGAAUAAAA